CAAUGUUCCCUCGCCAUAAAAUGAUAAGAAUUUCUUCGACUUGUGUGGGCAAACAGUCACAUAUGAUUGUUAUAAGGUUGUGGUUAUGAGCUGGUGACAGCAGGAAACUGCACAGUCUGCCUUGAUAUGGUGUUUAAUGGAACUACUACUAACAUAUAAUCCACGCCCUCUCCCUUCUUUUCCCCCCACAUCAGGCCCUGCCUCUCCUUUACAGCCCUCCCUGUCUCUUUGUGCUCUUGCCCCACCUUUUGUCAAGUAUCAACAGGCAAAUUUUUAAAGUCCACACCCCUGCGCAGCACAGUCAGGCACAUGCUUACACUAACAGUUGAGAUCAACGACUCAGAUGAGAACUGCCGGGGGAUACUGGUAUCUACUUUGUGGGACAGAUUACUUGACCUGGCUGCUUUUAGAGGAUUUGACAAACCACCAUGGGAAUGAGGUUGAGAGACUUGUGCCACUGCCAUCACUGGAAAUAGGAGUUUGGGAUGACUGUGAACGCAGACUGCGCUACAGAUUGUGACAUUUAUAAGGAGUGGCUGUUGUGGUUGUCUCUCGACACUUGGAGCAUUAAAGAUAGGAAACUAGUUGGUGGGAAGCUGGUGUGGGAUCGCUAGUCUCUUGUGGGUUUAAUCUCUUUCUUUUUCCUCUGACCCCCAUAUUACCGUCUAGGCAGUGCAACAUAUCCCUUCUCAGCCAUUCUUAAACUUAAUUACAAUCCUUGCUGUAAUUCCUGCAGGGUAUAUCUUGUUUUUUCUUUCUUCUACACAAUAGGCUGUCUUCAUCCCUCUUUUCCCACCACCAGCAACAAUGGACUUGACUUUGUGGCAGUACCAGUUCAGAAUCAUCAUGCUGGGGGACUCUACAGUGGGCAAGUCCUCCUUGCUGAAGCGCUACACUGAAGACUUGUUCAUGGAGUCCAUCAACGAGACGGUGGGUGUAGACUUCUAUGUUCACUUCCUGGAGGUAGAGCCAGGGGUCCGUGUCAAGCUGCAGUUCUGGGAUACGGCUGGACAGGAAAGGUUCAGGUCAGUGACUCGUUCUUAUUACCGCAACUCAGUCGGAGGCCUGCUGGUGUUUGACAUGACCAACCGAGCUUCCUUCGACCAUAUCAAGGAGUGGCAUGCAGAGGUGUGUGAACGAGUACAACCGCAUAAGGUUCUCUUUGUGCUGGUGGGCCAAAAGAGUGAUCGAGAUGCUCAGGGGGAGAGGGUGGUGAGUCGGGGAGAGGCUGAGAAUCUGGCCGGACAGCUCGGGGUGCCCUAUUUGGAGGUCUCUGCCAAGACGGGCCAGAACGUUAAGAACGCCUUUGAGCUGCUCACUCGGCGGGUGUACCAGGGUCUGCUGAGUGGAGAGGUAGAGCUGCAAGAGGGCUGGGAUGGAGUCAAGUGUGCUGCACCACAGGCACUGCAGUUACAGAGAGCCAGCCUGGCAAAGCCCAGAAUGGCCCCCAAGUCCAAGAAGUGCUGUAGUUAAACAGUGGACUGGUGUCGGUCCCCCAUAUGUACCUACGUUACUGUGGAACCAAAAGCAAACAACAGGAGGUUGGACUUGUGGUGGAAUUUUACUGUAAUGACAAGACCAUCAUGAAACAUCUGAGAUGCUUUUUCUUGCACUGAAGACCAGUUAAUAAUGUCAGAGACUGAUUUGCGAAAACAUUUUCAGUUUUAUAUUCCUGAAAUGGCUGAAGAUUUAACUUUAUUUUUUCCCUUUAUUUUUGGCUGAAAGCCCUUGACAACGAUCAAAUGGAUUGCUUUGAAAUUUGAUAUAGUUUUCAAUAUCUCUUAGCUUUUCAUCUAAGUUUUUAACCCAGUACUUUAUUUUGUUAGUAGUUUCAAAACUUGUCAUUUCUGCAUAAUGAAUAUUUUUACUUUUGACUCAGUAGCCGUACAUUUUGCUGAUAAUACUUCUUUUACUUUUUUCUUCUUUACUUUUACUUAAGUGAGGUUUUGAUUGCAAGGCCCUUAAAAUGCUCACAUUGCAGUAUUAGUACUUUUAUUUAAGUCAAGACUCUGAAAACUUUCUCCAACCACUGCAGAAGUGGUUGACAAUAAUAUAGUUUUUGCUUUUCUCUUGAGAAAUACUUUACUAAUUUUAUACUAUUCUAUACUAUUAUACUAUUUUUUAAAGUAAUCUUUAGUCUGAGUGCACCCAGCUCAUUCCCACAAAAAAAAAAAAAAAAGAAAAUAUUUAAAAAAAGGGAAAAUGCUGCUUUAUCCUGGGAACUUACUUCUGGACCUGUGAAACUUGUCUGUCUUGUUCUCUCCUUGACUGACAACAGUUAAGGUAUUGGGUCCCCUGGUUGGGAUUAGAAACCUCAUCCGAGGCAUCUGUGAAUAAAUCUUUUGAGUGGUCUGGAAACAGUGUUGUUGCACCACCAAUAAUUGCAUAGCAUCCUGCCAGUGAGUCAUUGUUUUUAGGUGCUGAUGUUGAAAUUAAUUCAAUAAAAACUCUGGGGCGCCUUUGGA